AUGACGACAUACACUUUAGUUCUUUUAAGACAUGGUGAGAGCACAUGGAAUAAGGAAAACAAAUUCACCGGUUGGACUGAUGUUCCUUUGAGUGAAGAGGGAGAACAAGAAGCAGUAGCUGCAGGAAAGUACUUGAAAGAGAAAAACUUCCAAUUUGACGUAGUUUACACUUCAGUAUUGAAAAGAGCCAUUACGACAGCAUGGAAAGUUUUAAAAACUUCUGACCUCUUACAUGUACCAGUCAUAAAAACAUGGAGAUUAAAUGAGAGGCAUUAUGGAUCAUUGCAAGGCUUAAAUAAAUCUGAAACAGCCAAAAAAUAUGGAGAAGAACAAGUCAAAAUAUGGAGAAGAUCAUAUGACAUCCCACCACCAAAAUUAGAUAAAGAAGAUAGUAGAUGGCCAGGCCACAAUGCUGUUUAUAAAAAUGUACCAAAAGAUGCUUUACCUUUUACGGAAUGCUUAAAAGAUACAGUUGAAAGAGUUUUACCCUUUUGGUUUGAUCAUAUUGCACCAGAUAUUUUAUCAAAUAAAAAAGUUCUUGUUGCUGCACACGGAAAUAGCUUAAGAGGAUUAGUAAAGCAUUUAGAUAAUAUGAGUGAAGCAGAAGUAUUGGAGCUUAACAUACCUACAGGUGUGCCAUUAGUUUAUGAGUUAGAUGAAAACUUAAAACCAAUCAAACAUUACUACUUAUUAGACAGUGAAGCAUUAAAAAAAAAAAUGGAUGAAGUUGCCAACCAAGGAAAGGCAAAGUGA